CAGGGUAUUUAUGUAUGUUUUCAGAAAUUUUUGAGUAUUUACAAAUGGAUGGAUUUCUUACGGAGGCUCAAUUUUGGGCCGGCGUUCUUAUUUUGAUGCGAAAUUAUCACACAGUUAAUAGGAAAAUUUUUGCCUGUAUAAUACAUAAAGUGCUUAGAGUGAAUAAUGAAAUUGAAAAAUGUUUCGAAAGGGAUGAUUGUCGGUUGCAUGAUAUAUGGAAAUUUCGGAACAAUGUGGAGAAUGUGCACGAAACCACGGAAGCUGAUAUGGAAUCUGUUCUCCAUAAAAUCGGAGAAUCUGAUUACACCCGUGAAGAUUGCGAUGGAUUUCUAAUACUUUUUAAAUUCUUGACAAAGAAGUUGCACAAGAAUAUCGAGGCUGUAGGAAAAAUAGAUCUUGUAAAAAAAAUAUACACCUGUAAGUUUCACUGUGAUCAUCUAGACGAUUUUUCCGUUUACUGGGCCAAUGGCGAAUUGUCAUUCAAUGCAGUCACUGAUGGUGGCGUACUGGGCAAGAGCAAAGGAUGGAUUGACUUCGUUUUGAAACCAAAACUGUUAAAGUGGUGCACCAAUCCAAGUACGCUUCUGUUUGGAGAGAGAAGUAAGCACACCAAAUCCCUGCAGUUAGUUGACAUGGAGGAAUACAACGAGCUGUACAAGAUGCUCAAGUCUAAAUACGCUGAAAAAGCAUUUAAUUGCUGGAACACCGCAAAAGAAUCUACCGACCCUAUGAAAUUCAUAUACGAGGAUUUGGCGAUAGCUGCUUAUUUAAUUACCUUAUGGCGCCGCGUUGGUUCACCAAUUGGGUUUGCCGAUUUGGGUUGCGGCAACGGCUUAUUAGUAUAUUUGCUAAGCGAAGAAGGGUUUAAUGGCUAUGGAUAUGAUGUACGUGCACGCAAAAUUUGGUCCUAUUAUUCAGCAUCGACGCGAUUAAUUGAGGAGACAAUUGAACCACAUAAAUUUAAGUUGCCAGAAGAUGUAGACUGGUUAAUUGGAAAUCAUUCCGAUGAACUUUCCCCAUGGCUGCCCGUUUUGGCCGCCACCAGCGGUUUUCAAAUGCGUUACUUUCUUCUGCCCUGUUGCGCAUAUGAGCUGUCUGGCAUAAAGUUUCAACGGCGGAAUACGAGUACCAGCGUAUAUCAAGAUUUUUACGCCUACUUGCAAACUAUUUCACAAAGUUGUGGGUAUGAUACAUGGAAAGAUCGUUUGAAAAUUCCAAGUACAAAGCGCCUGGCACUCAUAGGAAUUGAUCGUACUUGCUCACAAAAUGAUUAUGAAAGAAGGCUUGAGGAGAUAGAAGCGUUUGUGAAAGAAGAGCGAAUAAAAUAUGGCAAUUGCACAUCGAAUGCGGACGUGAAGUUACGUAACAGACAUGAAGCAGUGCGAAAUUGUACCCAAAUCGAAAAGAAUAUUAUAGAUUCAUUAGUUUUAAAAAUAUUUCAUCAACUCUUGUCUGCUGCUAGCAAUAUACCCACAGAUAAAGAUGAAAAUAAAUGGCGGACAGGCAUCCGUCUGCGUAUGUAUGAAAUUGUCAAAAAUCUAGAGAGGACCGAUCUGCAAAACAUCAAAGCCGAAUGUGGUGGUAUUAAAACUUUGCUGCGGAAUAAACAUGAAAUAUUUGAGUUUUUAGGGGAAGAUUUUAUAGGAAUACGGAAACCACUUGUCCAAACACCAAAUUCUAAGGCUAAACAAACGGUCAAAAAGCGUGUCUGCUUCUUUCAUCUGCAUCAUCCUGAUGGCUGUCCCCUAUCAUCUGAGCAUUGCACGUUUAUACAUUAACCAUUAUACGUAAUUCCAAAUAAGAAACUACAUUAUCUUUGUAUUUCAUUAAGAUUUUAAUAGAAGGUUUAAUUCCUCGCCUACUAUAUACAUAAAUCAUGUACAUACAUACAUAUAUACGUCAAGAAAAGACUUAUGCAUUUAUAAAUGGUAUAUAGCAAUUACUUUUAUAUUUUCUCAAACUCUUUUGAUAAAAUCGCCUCAAGUCGCUAGCGUUGUUGAUAUCAUACGAUUCUAAAUUUUUAAUUAGUGAAUUUGAUACCGUACUUUGAUUUUACGUUUGUAUUAUCAUUACGAACCCUAACCGCCAAAAAGACGUAAGCGACAUUUUUUUUUUUUAUACAGAAAUAAAUCUAUACAUUCUAGGCAUGGUACAAUAAUUACAGGUAUCGUCUUCCCAGAGAGCGCAUAUUCCGAUCUGCCUUAUUUGAAAAACAUUGUUGACCACACAAAGGUUUACUGCUACGUAUACCAUAUAUGUACACGUAUUUUUUUAAACAAAGCUUCUUGCAGAGGACUUAAUUAAUUUGCAAAUGCCGAAAGAAAACAUUUGCUUUUUAAAUAAACUCAAAAUUUGUAUGGCUCACUUCA